UGGAAACAUCCAGACUUGUGCUCACCGUCGAGUCGCAGUACCUUCGUUUACCACUGCUCAUGCACGAUGUCUCAGAUUGACAUGCCAAUGAAUACUGCACACCAGCAUGCCGCCAAUGCAGAGGACUUUCUUAACAACGGACUACUCAUUCCAGCCGCAGAAGAGCAUUCAAAAGCCGCAGAAGCGUAUUUUGCUGCCGUAGAAAGGAGUACCGAUGAUUCAGCUAAGCGUACACUGCAAAUGCUCUACAACGAACACCGGAAGGCUGCCAGUGAGCUCGAGAGGAGAAUAGAGAAGCUCAGAGAGGAUGGAAAGGAUCCCCUUGUACCUCAGAAGCGCGAUAUACCCAAGCUCUCAGCAACCCCCAAUUUUGUCGCCGAUUUUUCACCCAGCUCUUCACCACCUCCUCAAAGGCACACUGCUGACUUGCAGGCCACUGUCGACGAAUCUUUCAUGCUCCUAGGUGGUCAGCGUUCGGAUCCAGGCGACGCUUUCAAUCACUGGUGGAACUUUGUACAGGCCAAAUUUGAUCAGCACUCAGAAGCAGUCGCGUUUGCUAGUACACCUUUAGGCUUUACUGAUACUGUUGGCACGCCCCCAAGGACUACUACGCCACCUAUUCAUCGAGGAUUGAACAGGGACUCUAGCCUUAGCAGUGACGAGGAACCCAUGGUAGUAAGGCUGACGAAACGACUCAGGCUUCCCGGAAUGUCCAAAGAAGUGCAGCAUUCCCCUUCCAAGCCCAGCAAUUUGACAUUUGGUUCAAUAAAAUCUUCCUCAACAGAAGAUUUUGGUGAAGAGAUAUUUGAUGAAGGCGAUGAAUUAUCCGAAUCUUUCUUCCUCAUACCAUCUGAUUCGGAGCCCUCACACGCCGCACUGAGGAAAGAAAACAUCGGACUGAAAACGGAAGUAGAAACUCUACGGCGGCGUUUAGAGGCUGCGGAAAAAGCCAUGGCCAUAAGAAAAGAACAGGAUAUCCAACUCCGGGAGAGCAUAUAUCAAGCAACAAAAGAAGUUGCUCAACGAACAAUGGGUACAUCUAUGAAUCUGCAGCGUACGGCAAUGGAUCUUAACCCGCAUAUACCGGCACCUCUCCCAAUACCGGGUUAUCAUACUGCACGCGAAGCGCAAUAUGCCCGUCGGGUUAAGGAACUCGAAGAUGAUCUCCGAGCUAUGCGAGUGGAGAACGAGAAGCAUAAAGCAAUGAUCGUCAAAUUCCGCGAUCAGUGGGAAAAACUGAAGGCGUCAGCGAAACGAAAGAAAGAAGCCAAGGCGAAAGCCGCCGCUGCAGAACGAAUCGUAGAAGAGCCGGAAGCCGAAGAGCGACUGGAUGUCCAGUAAAGUCGUGUGUAUUCUUGAUCUUGGUUAUAUGUGUGGAGCUGUAUUUUUAGUUGUACUAUACCUAUGCUUUUUCUAAUCUUUACCUCCCAUUG